UAAUUGCUCAAGUUUUUAAGUAAUAAUUAUUGCGUUACUUUGAUAUUUCAUCGCCAUGAGUAAACGUAUACGGUCAGUAAAUUGUUGUAAUCCAUUCAAUGAGUCACAUAAAAAAGGAGUUAAAGAUUUAAGAAAAUUUCCCGACGAAGAUCGUUGGAAAUUUCCUGACUUAGAUGACACUUCAAUGUUAUGUGUGCGUUGUCGAUUCCGUGUCAAAGAAUAUAUUCCGCCGGCAUCAGAGGAAGAGGAAAUUAUUUCAAGUCAAAUUAGUGUUGAAAGUCUGAGUAUAUCAGCUGAAAUUUGUACUCAAGGAAGCAGUUUAUCUCGAACUGUCAGUAAUUUUAGCGACAAUCUAUGUGAUUACAAUGAUCAUUCUUUAGAGCGAUUUUUGAAAAUUCCUCUUAUUGAAAAAGACAGGUUAUAUUCUGAAAAAAAUUAUGGAGUAAAAAAACUUGAUGAGAGCUAUGCUGCCCUAGAGAAUAAGUUUUAAUCACAAUUUGGAAUAGUACCUGAAUCUACCUACAGAAAGAUUAAUCAAGAUCAUUGUUCCAUGAUAGCUAAAGUGAAGAAAUUAUAUAACGCUGAAAGUGACAAAUCAAUAAAAAAGAAGCUGCUUUCAAUUUUACCCGACAGUUGGGAAGUCAGUCGUAUAGCAUCUGAAUUUAACUGUUCUUGAAAAAUGAUACUGAAUCUUAAAAAUGAUAUCAGUGAAUCUGAGAAUGUUGAUUUAGACUCUGGUGAAAUGACUACUAAUACUUUGAAUCCCACAAAAGUUCCAGGCAAUCAGCCGCUUAAGUUAGAUGUAAAAAAACUUGUCAUUGAUUUUUAUGAAAGCGAAGAAAACUCAAAACAAUUAGCGGGCAUGAAAGAUUUUAAAUCUGUGAAGGAUUGUGAUGGAAAUCGAACUAGGGUACAAAAAAAGUUGAUUCUUUAUAAUUUAAAAGAAUUGUACCAAAGCUUCAAAGCGCAAUAUAAUUCAGUGGCAAUCGGAUUUUCUAAAUUCGCUAGUUUGAGGCCUACUUAUUGUAUUCUUGCUGGAAGUAGUGGUACACAUGUCGUAUGUGUUUGUACUAUUCAUCAAAAUGUAAAAUUGAUAUU